UGCCACUGUCAUUAUCCAAUAAUAUAACUGUCAGUUGGCUUUGACCUUUGGCACACUUUGCUGAUAAAACUUUUUGAUUUGAUGCAGUUUUUUUAGACUACCUCUAUUUUCCAUUGUACUUCAAUAAAUGCAACACAUGCCAUUUACGAUACGUGUCAGGAAUCUUACUCAUGAAACGAUCAGUUCAUUUUCCACGUUAAAUCACACAUGUGUAAUUGAAAAAUCUGACUCUACGUGACAUGUUUACACCCGAGGGUGCUGAAUCACUCCGCAGGGAGCAGCGCUGCAGUGACGCAAGUGUUUAUAAGUUAUAACCUGCGCUGCUCUCUGCUCCAGUACGUGCUGCUGCUCACUACAUGUUACACAUCUGACUUAUGACAACUCCUCUGCGCUGCUGUGGCUCCACCGAAAACUCAAGUUUACUUAGCCUAUAGCCUACACCUCUGGACUUGCGGCGGAGCGCCUGGCUGCUGUCAGCUCCUUUCUUUAUUUCUUCGUGGAACAGGAUUGAAAUUCUCGGACAGGUAUUACUAUGCAUCUGAUGAGUGGUGUUACCAUGUGCCUGGGUGUGUUUGGGGCCGUCAGACUGCUCUCCCUCCCCUGGCUCUGCAGUUUGUUGGCAGGGCUGGGGUUCUGCGUGGUGUGGAGGGGCUCCUGGAAGUUCAUACAUGUCGCUCUAUGCACCAUCAAAAGAGACCUAAUGUGUCUGUUUGUCAUCUUGCGAGUGAGGUUUUCCAUGUACCGUAAUUUGCGAAAUAGAAGCACCAUCCCUGCCCUGUUUGCCCAGACGGUGAGACUGCAUCCAGACAAACCUGCGUUGAUCUACGAGGCUACUGGAGAGGUUUGGAGUUUCAGGGAGCUGCAGGAGCGGUGCCAUGCCGUGGCUCACUGGGCGCUGGCACAGGGAUGGGCUGAGGGUGAUGUGGUGGCCUUGUACAUGGAAAGCCAGCCUUUAGUGGUGGCUCUCUGGUUGGGUCUGGCUAUGGUCGGCGUGGAGGCGGCACUCAUCAACCACAACCUUCGACAGCACUCGCUGCUGCACUGUGUCGGCGUAUCUGGUGCUCGGGCAGUGGUUUUCGGGACAGAGAUGAGAAAAGCGGUGUCAGAGGUGAGUGGCUCUCUGCAGCCCCACAUGGUUUUGUUCAGCAGUGGAGAGCAGGGCGACGAAGAGGAGCUUCCCAACCUCCAGGUUCAGAGCCUGAACGCCCUGUUGGACCGUUCGCCCAAACACCCGCCACGCUACACACUCAGGAAGGAUUUCAAUGACAGACUUUUCUACAUCUACACUUCUGGUACAACAGGAAUGCCGAAGGCAGCUGUGGUGGUGCACAGUCGGUAUUAUCGCAUCGCUGCCUUUGGUUUCCACUCCUUUGGCUUGCGUCAUGAUGACAUCAUCUACAACUGCCUUCCCCUGUAUCAUUCUGCAGGUACCAUCAUGGGUUUAGGCCAGUGUCUACUCUUUGGUUUGACUGUUGUAGUCAGAAAGAAGUUCUCAGCCAGCCGCUUCUGGGAUGACUGUGUCAAAUACAACUGCACUGUAAUUCAAUACAUAGGUGAGAUUUGUCGUUAUCUGUUGGCCCAGCCGGUCCGUUCAUCUGAGGCACAGCACCGGGUGCGUCUUGCCCUUGGUAACGGCCUCCGUCCUUCUGUGUGGGAAGAGUUUGUCCAGAGGUUCAGAAUCCGACACGUCGGGGAAUUUUAUGGCGCCACAGAGUGCAACUGCAGCUUGCUCAACAUCGACGGAAAGGUGGGGGCAUGUGGCUUCAACAGUCGCAUCCUGCCCAGCUUUUACCCCAUCAGACUGGUCAAGGUGCAGGAGGAGAACGGAGAGCUGCUCAGGGAUUCACAGGGACUCUGUAUACCCUGUCUGCCUGGUGAGCCAGGCAUGCUAGUGGGACGCAUCAACCACUCUGAUCCACUCAGGAGAUUUGACGGCUACGCUGACAGGGAUUCCACCAGUCGUAAAAUUGCUCAAAAUGUCUUCAAGAUGGGGGAUUCUGCUUAUGUCUCAGGUGACAUUCUGGUGAUGGAUGAAUAUGGCUACAUGUAUUUCAGGGACCGCAGUGGCGACACGUUUCGUUGGCGAGGGGAGAAUGUCUCCACAACAGAGGUGGAGGGAGUCCUCAGCCGCCUGCUGGGACACACUGUUGUAGCUGUCUACGGAGUUUCUGUACCAGGUGUGGAGGGGAAGGCCGGUAUGGCUGCAAUAGCUCACACAGAAGGCCAGUUUGACCUCGAGGCAUUCUUGAUCGCUGUACAGAAAGCUCUGCCUUCCUACGCACGCCCCAUGUUUCUGCGACUCAUGCCAUCUGUUGACACUACAGGUACCUUCAAAAUCCAGAAGACACGGCUGCAGAGGGAAGGAUACCAGCCACAAGACUCAGAUGACGAGAUUUAUUUUCUGAACAGUCGUGCUGGGCGUUACGAGGCAGUUACUGAUGAACUAUAUAAUGCCAUCAUGGAGGGGAAAGUGCGCCUAUGAGACAGGAGGAGGCUGAGAAGAUACAGACUUUUGAAGAGGAUAGUGUGUAUAUUUCAAAGGGGAAAGAGAGAGAGAAAAAAACCACAGGGAUGUUUCUCUAGAGGGCAAAUACAUCUCUACAUACUGAUGUGGAAAUACCGUAGUGUUGCUGUUUUUUUGCAAUAAAACUCAUCUAUUUUUUUAACCAGAUUUAUUGUAUUUUUUCUCACACUGUACAGUAUCUUACACUUGGCAACAUGUCCUCAUACAACAAUUAUUAUAUCUUACAAAAUGCUCAUAUGAUGGUUUGUAUAUCUAAUAUAUUAGUGCUCCACAAACAAUGCACUUUAUGUAAAGUUACACGGGUUAGAUUUAGGAAAGUAACGUAACUUUGGUAAGAUUUUAAAAAAAAAGGAACAUGGUGACAGCCUUAAAAGUUCUCUCCUGAGGGAAAGUCCUGUGUUGUUUGACCCUUCCACCACCCCAGCUUGAAUCCUUCUGCGGACUUCCUGUCUUUAUACUACUUCCUUCUUUACUCCUGUCAGCGCAUUGGUCAUGUGAUCGCAGCUCUCAUAUAUACAUAAGUACUGGCUCAUGGUUACGUACCUUAU